AUGGAGGGCUGGACACUGAGGCUGGGGCUGCUCACGGCGCUGGUCAUCUCCGGUGCCCGGGCCCUGAAUGAGGAGGAGCGGCUCAUCCACUAUCUUUUCCAAGAGAAGAGUUAUAACAAGAACCUUCGGCCGGUGGAACGCCAAGGGGACAAGGUGGACAUUUCCCUGGCCCUCACCCUCUCCAACCUCAUCUCCCUGAAAGAAGUUGAUGAGACCCUCACCACCAACGUGUGGAUCGAGCAUGGCUGGAUGGACAGCAGGCUCCAAUGGGAUAUGGCCAAAUUUGGGAACAUCAGCGUCCUCCGCCUGCCUUCGGACAUGCUGUGGCUCCCAGAUAUCGUCCUGGAGAACAGCAAUGAUGGCGCCUUCCGCAUCUCCUAUGCCUGCAACAUUCUCGUCUACCCCUCUGGUUGGGUCUACUGGCUGCCACCUGCCAUCUUUCAGUCUUCCUGCCCCAUCACUGUCACCUACUUCCCCUUUGAUUGGCAGAACUGUUCUCUCAAGUUCAGCUCUCUGACAUACACAGCCAAAGAAAUUAAUUUGCAACUGAAGCAGGAGACAGAUGAAGUCACUGGGCGCUCCUACCCGGUGGAGUGGAUUAUCAUUGACCCCGAAGGCUUCACAGAAAAUGGGGAGUGGGAAAUUGUUCACCGGCCUGCUCGGAAAAACAUCGAUCAGAGCGUCUCCAUGGCGAGCUCCAGCUACCAGGAUGUCACCUUCUACCUCAUCAUCCGCCGGAAGCCCCUGUUCUACUUCAUCAAUAUCCUGGUGCCCUGCGUGCUCAUCUCCUUCAUGAUCAACCUGGCCUUCUACCUGCCUGCCGACAGUGGUGAGAAGACCUCAGUGACCAUCUCUGUACUGCUGGCCCAGUCUGUCUUCCUGCUGCUCAUCUCCAAGCGGCUGCCCCCUACUUCUCAUGCCAUCCCCCUCAUUGGCAAGUUUCUCCUCUUUGGCAUGGUCCUGGUUACGAUCAUUGUCCUCAUUUGUGUGGUCACUCUGAACAUCCACCAUCGGACACCCAGCACCCAUGUCCUCUCGCCGGGGGUCAGGAAAAUGUUCCUGGAGACCCUGCCCCGGAUACUGCACAUGUCCCAGCCAGAAGCUGCACCAGUGCUGGGCUCUCAGAUUCGCCGCAGCAGCUCUCUGGGCUACAUCUCCAAAGCUGAGGAGUACUUCACAGUCAAGUCCCGCAGUGAUCUCAUGUUUGAGAAGCAAUCAGAGAGGCACGGGCUUGCCAGCCGGGUCACUCCCGCUCGGCGGCCCCCACCAGGGUCUGAAGAGUCCCAGCAAGAGCUCUUGAAUGAGAUAAAGCCAGCCGUGGAUGGGGCCAACUUCAUUGUCAACCACAUGAGAGAUCAGAACAACUACAAUGAGGAAAAGGACAGCUGGGGUCGAGUGGCCCGCACCGUGGAUCGCCUCUGCCUCUUUGUGGUGACCCCGCUAAUGACCCUGGGUACUGCCUGGAUCCUCCUACAGGGCCUGUACAACCAACCUCCCCUCCAGCCUUUCCCUGGGGACCCUUUCACCUACGCUGAGAAGGACAAACGCUUCAUCUAGGAGCUGGCCCCUCCAGGGGCCCCCAAA